AUGAACAGAAAAUUAAUUUCCAUCUUUUUUAUCAUCUUAACUCUUGGAGGCAAUUAAGCUAAGGAAGAUAUACCUAAAUACAAAAGAUGCUUGGAAUAUAAUAAGGAAAAAAUCUUUGGAUGCAUAAACAAUCAUAUUACAUCUGCCUUUACAUUUCAAAGUGUUACUACUUUUGCUUCAUUCGUAAUUGCCAAAAUAGCUAUCUGGCUGGCUGGUUUCACAGCAAUGGGCCCAGCUGCAGGUUCUUUUGCAGCUUUCUUAUAAUCUUUGAUUGGAAAUGUAGCAGCUGGCUCAUUUUUUUCUUUUUUAUAAGCGGUUGCUAUGGGAAAAUCAAUUUUAUUAUUAAUUCCUAGCUUGUGUGUUGGAACUGUAGUAGGCAUAAUCUAUUUAGUGUUUAGUUGCUUUAGAAAUGAAUAUUGUACUUAAGAGGAAUAAGUAAAGUCCUAACCUAAUCCACAAGAAAAUUAACAAAGUAAUGAUAAGUCAUCUAAUGGUUCGAAUAAUUUGUUUGAAUAAAACAAUAAUAAAUAAGAAGAAUCAUUUUGGAGCUAAUCAUUAAAUUUUAUUACUAACUCCAAUUCCUAUACAAAAAUUGCAGAGAGUAUUUCAGAUUUAUAUAAUUAAUUGCCUAACAUGCCACAACAAGUCAUAAAAUUAAAAAAAUAAGUUAUAGACUAUUCCUCGCCAUUUUUAAAAUUUACUAGUGAUGUUUUGGAAUUUUCUAGUUAAGUUGCUUCUUCUAUUAAAAAAUAAAUUGAGGAAGGGUAAGAUUAAAUGGGGAUUUUAUAUAAUUAGAUAACAUCCACUUUUAAUGACUAUGUUGAAGGGAUAAAUGAUUUGUUUGACUUUGUUUGGAGAAACAGAGAAAUUAUAAAAGAAGCAUUUGAAUAUGUUAUAGUUGUUCUUUAAGAAUAAUUUAAUAAAAUUAUGACAAUUAAAAAGUUUAUAGAAGAUAGGAUAUAAUCAAAGAAACAGGAUGCUUGUUAGAAUAAUUUUAUAGAGUACCUUGCAAAUUUAUGA